CAGGUCUCCAGCCUCCCCGCUCUUCCUGUUCUCAGCUUCCGUCCUCUCCGCUUCCUCGCUGCACCUGCGGCUGCCAGAGCUGGGAGCCUCCCCUGGGCCCACAAUCUCUCUGGCUGCAGGAGUCUCCCCCAAUGAGAGAAGGGGUGGGCCCAGGUUUCCAAGAGAGCCAAAGGCUGAGAAUACCUGAGAGCCACCACACAAUCUUGUCACUUGUGACCCUGAAGACACCUGCACCCUCCAUGCUGGGCCAAGAUGGGGAAUGGAACCGAGGACGAUUAUAACUUUGUCUUCAAAGUGGUGCUCAUUGGCGAGUCGGGCGUGGGGAAGACCAAUCUGCUGUCCCGAUUCACACGCAACGAGUUCAGCCAUGACAGCCGCACCACCAUCGGGGUGGAGUUUUCCACCCGCACCGUGAUGCUGGGCACCUCUACCAUCAAAGCUCAGAUCUGGGACACGGCUGGCCUGGAGCGGUACCGAGCUAUCACCUCAGCGUACUACCGGGGCGCGGUGGGGGCCCUCCUGGUGUUUGAUCUAACCAAGCACCAGACCUACGCCGUGGUGGAACGCUGGCUGAAGGAGCUAUACGACCACGCCGAGGCCACCAUCGUCGUCAUGCUUGUGGGGAACAAGAGCGACCUCAGCCAGGCCCGUGAAGUGCCCACGGAGGAGGCCCGCAUGUUUGCCGAAAACAAUGGGCUACUCUUCCUGGAGACCUCAGCUCUGGACUCCACCAACGUUGAACUGGCCUUUGAGACUGUCCUCAAGGAGAUCUUUGCAAAGGUGUCCAAACAGAACCAGCAGAGCCCCCGGAGCAAUGCCAUCACCCUGGGCAGUGCCCAGACUGGGCAGGAGCCUGGCCCUGAGCAGAAGAAGGCAUGCUGCAUCAACCUCUGACCUUGGCCUCUGACCCCCUGCCCCUUGUGGGGCUCUCUGCUGCUUGCCACCCCAGCUCAGCUCCGGGACAUUUCCCUGCCCUUGGAUUCUGGAAGUCAGGAUGUCUAGUACCCUAUCCACAGAACCCAGAACCCUCAGAUCCUCACACCCCUCCCUCAGGGGCCCUUAGGAUCUUACUCCCCACAGACCAGAGCCCUCGAAUAAAGCUGUUUUGUAUUGAUGCCUGCCUGUCCCUCAGGGCUUCCCCUUAUGCUUCAGCUCCCCCCUCCCUGAAUCCCUGACCCCCUUCCUGUCACUACCCAUCCUCACCACUCCCCGCCCCCCGCAGAGCCAGCUGCCUCUGGAGUUCUGUGGUCUGGGGACAGUGCCAAGGGGGCAGGAGGUGCUCGCCCUUCCCUCUGCCAACCCCCUCAGGGCAGGUGGGGGAGGGAGGGUGGUGUAGAGGGGAGGGGUAUCUGGAAGGCAAGACAAAGAAAGCCAUCGGCAGGCGCCAUCUGGUGCCCAGGGCCCUGGUGCCAAGAACUGAGGUCACUCCAAUGCCAGGGGCAAGAGGAGGAGGCUGGGGUGAUGGGGGUGGGGCACAGGGAAAGAGGAGGAGCCAGUGUGAGGAAGGGGUUUUCACAAUUCCCUCUCCUCCAGCCAGUUUGAAUCUGGCAGCUAAAUGGGGGAGGGUAUCUGGCUGUCUGGUCCUCCCCCGUGGAGCUCCGAGGUGGUUGUCUGGGUUAGGUCGU